AUGGCUAUUGGUUUUGAUUUUUUUGCCAAUGGUGGCGAGACGGGAUUGCAUGCCACAACUGAGCAACAUGCAGAGAAAUCCACAAGGAAGUAUACUAAAAGUGAAGUUAUUGAAGAUACAACUGCUCCUAUAGUAGCUUCCUUCUCUUCACGUGGACCAAACUACAUUGCAGCAGAUAUUUUGAAGCCAGAUAUAACUGCUCCAGGAAUAGAUAUUACAGCUGCAUAUUACCCUGUUUCUUCACCUUCUGGAAUCCUUGGGAAAAAGAGGUCUUUGAAAUACAAUAUAUUGUCUAGAACCUCCAUGGCUUGUCUCAAAACGUUUCACCCUGAUUGGUCUCUGUCAGCUAUUAAAUCUGCUCCCAUGACCAUUGUGUUGGGUCUCAAAUAA